UUUUUUUUUUUCGUUUUACAGAUACUUUCAACACUACUAUUAUUAUGAAUAUUAAAAGAAAAAAUUUACCCUCUUGGCUACCGUUGUCUUUUGUAUUGGCCAAGCACCUCUAUGAGAAUGGAAUACAUAAAUUAUUUUUAACUACGACAGAACGAAAGUAUUUUGAAGACUCGCUAACUUCAUAUGCUGUUUGGAUAGCCUUUGUUAACAAACGAAAGGAAGAAGAAACGCUGGUAGAAAUAAAUACUGCAGUAUUUCGUGUACGUUCGAUGCUUUAUGAACAAUUGAUACCCCAUCUAUUUCCCACUCAUAAUCUAUGUUGUAAACUAAUCGAUCUUGAUUCACUUAUUGCUCAAGCUCACCAAUUAACUUUACCAUCCGAAUCAGUUGUUGACAAAGAAUGGGACACAUAUUUAAAGAAACAUGUUCAUGUUAAGAAGGAAGCAGACUUGCCUACAAUGUCCCAUGAUAAUUCUACUAUUGAAAAUGAUAAUACUGUAAAUGGAAAAAAGAAUGAAAUAAGCCAACAUGAGCAACAACAACAACAACAACAACAACAGCAGCAGCAGCAACAAUUAAAUAACUCAACACUAAAAAUAGAUGAAAUGAGUGUCAUAAUAGACGAUGUUCCACUUAGAGAUGUAUUUCAUACACUUGAAUUAGAUAGAGAUGCUAUGAUUGAACAACGCAAAUUAGAGGAAUUUGAAGCACAAGAAGAACUAAAUGAAGCGGAGGAAGCAAAAGAAAAUGCUACAGCAAAAUCAUUAUCAAUGUUUAAUGCAGAUGGCAAUUUUAAUUUAAAAUAUCUUCUUCAGGGCAUUGUAGCAAAUAGACAAAAGACAUCAUUAUCUGAUCGUGAACUACAGAAUUUAUUAUCAGAUUUUAAACCUCACAGAUCAAAAUGGGCAAAUGAUGAAAGAGUAGGACAAGAAGAGCUAUAUGAGGCUUGUGAAAAAGUAUUGACCGAUUUAAAGAACUAUACUGAACAUUCAACACCUUUCUUGAACAAAGUUAAUAAGCGCGAGGCACCAGAUUACUUUGAAAUCAUUAAAAAGCCAAUGGAUCUUGGAACAGUAACUAAAAAAUUAAAAAAUCUAGUUUAUCGAUCCAAGAAAGAAUUUGCAGAUGAUCUUUAUUUAAUUUAUGAAAAUUGUUUAACAUAUAACACAAAUGCUGCAAGUGAAUAUAGAAAGCAUGCGAUUGCCAUGCGUAGAAAAACAGACAGAUUAAUGGCUAGAGUGCCUGAUAUUAGUAUUAAAGAAAUGAAGACAGAAGUUGAUGAAGAGGGUGAGGAUCUAAGUGAAGAUGAAGAUCAUAGUUCAGAACGUGUAUCAAAGAAAUUAGCAGGUAAACAUAUGCCAUCAGUGGAGCGAAAGUCAACUCCUAUACAAUUGGAUAGACAUUCUCGAGAACGAUCAAUGACACGAGGAUCUAGUGUCGCUCCCACUUCAACAUUAGAAGGUAUGGUUAAUAGUGACAUUGAAAAUGGUAUGACACCUGAAGUUGGGACACCACUUUCACAAUAUGGUGGUAAAACAGUAAAAGGGCAAAAUAAUAGCAGUGAUAUGAAUUACAACAUUGACCUUGAACAAGAGGAUAAGAAAAUAGGAGCAGAAAUUGAUGAUGAUUUAGGUGAAUUUCAAAAUCAAGUAUGGCGCGACAAAACAAAGAAAACAAGAGCGAAAUUAACUACAGAUGUAGAGAAGCAAUAUCAGUUCCCGUUUGGAGAACGUGAAGCACUUAUUAGAUCAGGUCUAGACAUGGAACGAUUCUCAAUGAUUGAGCAUUUACAUGAUAAUCCUGAAUCCAUCAUUAAGCUUGUUCGAUGUGAAUUUGAUCGUUUUUUAAAAUGGACAGAUCGUAGAGCCAACAAUGCAACACUUUAUGAUGAUUUUAGUUUGGAAUCAAGUGAUGAUGAAAAUUUGGAUGCAUUUUUUUCUAGAAAAAUUACAAAGCCUCAAAAACAAGCCGAUGAUUCAACAAGAAAUGAUUUGUUUUUACCGGAUUAUGAGAUUACAAGCGGCAUACCUGAAUUAGAGGGUGUAAAUGAGGAUUUUGCUAUUAGUAGUGAGCCUUCAACAUACCGUGAAAAAUACAACUUUGCUAGAAAAUCUUCAGCUGAUUUAAGUUCAGAGAUUCUAUUAGCAGCUCAAGGAUAUUCGACUAUAUCACUUGAUGAAUAUCCUGAAUUAGAUUUUCCAGACUAUGGCCUAAAUCCUUUAAUAGAUAAAAGUAAUCAUACAUUAGAGCAAAUCAGAUUAAUGUAUUCCAAAUGCAACUCUAUUCGUAAUAAUAUACCGAUAUCAACAUUAGCAUCUUCUAUUGAUAUUAAUAAAUCUGUUGCUGAUAAUGAAGAAAAUCAAAAACAAGUUAUUCAACCUUCCUCAUCAGCUAAAAUACCCCCUUUAAUUUUAACUCCUGAAUCAGGAUACCAAGUAUCUCAAAAAAUACUGUCCAAGCUCUUGACUCAUGCUGGUUUUGAAGGUGCCAAAAUAGGUGCAUUGAAUGUAUUGACUGAUAUCAUGAUUAAUUAUCUAACUAAUAUUGGUAAAACAAUGCGAUCUUACUGGGAUAAAUAUUCUCAUAAGAUGGAAGGCGAUGAAAUGUUGAUUCAUACACUUUAUGAAAAUGGAAUACUCGAUAUUUCCGAUAUUGAAUAUUAUGUGCAUGAUAAUGUUGAGCGAAGUGUGCAUCGAUUAGAUGAUUUGCAUCGUAGACUUCAAACUUCUUAUCAAGAUCUUUUAUCUGGACCUACUGAAAGACCUGUUACGGAAGAAGAUGAAUUGCUUAAUGAUGAAGAGACAUUUGUAACUGGUAUUUUUGGAGAGGAUAUAGGAGAAGAUUAUUUCGGCUUUAAAGAUCUUGGUUUAGAUCAAGAGUAUAAUCUAGACAGUCUUUCGAUACCAAGUCGACUUUGGUUUGGUAAAAAUAAAGAUAAAGCACCAAUCAAAACUACAGCAGCAAAAGAACCGACUUAUAAGUACCCACCUCCAUCAAGCUUUUCACCAGUAAAAUCCGAAAAACAAGUUAUUGGUUUAUUACAAGCUUAUUUUGCUAAACGGCUUUCUGAUCCAAAUCUUCCUUUAGUAGAAGAUGAAUUUCUACCCAACAAAAACAAGAAUCGACCUCGCUAUCCACCCACUAACAAACCUACUGUAGGAAGAAAGAAACUAGCGAAAGAAUCAUCAUCAUCAGCGACAGGUGUUGGUGGUGAACAUAAAAAGCAUAAACGAAAGCGACCUAUAGAAGAGAUUGUGGCAGAAAGGGCGGAAAAAGCUGAGAAGAAGAGAUUAAGAAUGGAAGAGAAAGCGCAAAAGAUUGCAGAAAAGGAGCAAAAACGCCGAUUAAGAGAAGAAUUAAGGGAACAAGAAAAGCAAGCAAGAAUAGAAGCAAAAGAAAAGAGAAAACUGUUAAAUAAAAAAGCAAAACAGCAAGCUCAGCUGGCUAAACAAGGUUCAUUACCAGCUACACCUACCAUUUCUUCUUCUAGCAUUAGUGCUGCUAAUAAUUCACCGUUAGUUAUGGAGGAUGAAGAAGAAGAAGUAUAAAUUCCUUUUGAACCCCUUCCCCUCCUUUUUUUUUUUUCUUUAAUUGUAUUGUAAAUAAAAAUGAAAAAAAAAAUCAUUUGUUAAAUUUAAUAUUAUUAAUAAAAUGAAAAGAUUUAUUAUUAUACUAUA